AUGGCGGCAACCAACGUCAAGACAGAGAUCCCGUCCGAGCAGAAGAUGGCCGCAGAUAUCCAGAUGACCAAGACCGAGACUCUCGAGGAAGGCCAGCAGCAAGAUGUCUCGACCGUCGACUACUUCACGCCUGACCCUGCCUUCGAACGAAAGCUGGUCCGCAAGCUGGAUCUACUCACCAUCCCGAUGAUGAUCUUGAUCUACUUCCUCUCAUUUCUGGAUCGCACCAACAUAGGAAACGCGAGGCUCGAAGGGUUGCAGCAGACGCUGGGUCUGACCGACACUACCUACCGCAUUGCCCUGACGAUCCUGUACGUGCCCUACAUCACCCUGGAGAUCCCGAGCAACCUCCUCUUCAAGAAGAUCGGGCCACAUAUCUUUCUGCCCACGCUGGUGACCCUGUGGGGCAUCGUUUCCACCUUACAGGGUCUCGUCAAGUCCACCGGAGGGCUCUAUGCGGACAGGUUCUUCCUCGGAGCGGUCGAGGCGGGCAUCGUGCCUGGUAUCAUCCUUUACCUCUCCAGCUGGUACAAGCGGGAUGAGCUGCAAGUCCGCAUUGGAUAUUUCUGGGGCGCCGCGUCGCUUUCAGGAGCCAUCGGCGGCUUGCUGGCUGCGGCCAUCAGCAACCUGUCCGGCAGAGCUGGCCUGGGAGGGUGGUCGUGGAUCUUCAUCAUCGAAGGUAUGGUCACAGUCGCUUGUGGCCUUUCGGCUUUCUUUCUCAUCGCCCAAUCUCCGGACAACACUCGUUUCCUGUCCGCGAAAGAGAGGGCGUACGCGGCCGCCAGGCUGAGACACGACAACAUGCACGGCAACGACGUGGUCAUCAAUGGAGAAACCCAUCAUCUGAAGGUUCACGAUGGCUUCGCCUUCAAGACAGUCCUGUCUGUCUUCCAAGACCCUCAGAUGUGGAUCUUGGCUCUCAUCGCAUUCACCAGCGGAACGCUGGUCUUCAGCCAGGCAUACUUUCUCCCAACGGUGGUCGCGGGACUGAAGAACAUUGUGACCACUCCGGUGAAAGCACAGCUUCUGACAGUGCCCCCGUACACUCUUGGAGUGAUUGGGACCUUUAUCGGCUGCCGCUAUUCAGACAAGUAUCACUUCCGCUAUCCCUCGCUGGCCAUUCCCGCACUUAUCGCGAUCGUGGGCGUCGCCGUCAUCUAUUCCACCAAAGGUGAAGGGGUCAGAUAUUUCGGCAUCCACCUGGCUGUCGCCGGAAUCUAUAGUUCGGUCCCCACGUACCUCUCGUGGGCUUCCAACAAUUUUUCCGGCCAUUACCGCCGCGCGACAGGAGUCGCUGCGGUUUUCGUCUUUACCAAUUGCGGCGGGAUCCUCUCGACCUGGCUUUUCCGGGCCUCCGAAGCCCCGGAUUACAGCACUGCCUACAGAAUCAAUCUCGCCUUUCUCUGCCUGUUUCUGGCCGCGGGCACAUGCUUGUCGUUUCACUACCGACGCCAGAACAAGAUCCGCAACGGUUUCGUCCAAAGGGGGGAAAUUGAGGAAUAUGGCAAGGAUAAAGAUGGUGACUGUCACGUAUUCUUCCGAUAUAUCUGUUGAGGAGGAGCGGUGAGUGGAGCAGGAUGUCUGUUCGGUGGUGGAAUAUUGCAUAGAGGUAGCCACGCUCAUAACAAAAUCAAGAUGGACCCAUCCCCCACAGAUCCUGAGCGAAG